AUGUCGGCCCCCAGCGAGGACUUUACCUGCCUAGACGAGCCACCGGCGCCACAGAGCACCCCAUUGGCUUGCGUCUCCCAGUUCUCGCGGUUCCCCACCAGCCACUACCGGGACGAGCUUUUGUCACGCGACAGAUCUACGGCCGCUGGUCUUCCCAAGUCAUCCGUGGCUAGUGGCGCGGAUCACCCCCAGGCGAUCGAGAACAUGGUGCAACCGCGGGCGUCUCCUCGACGGCUACAAGACUUGCUCCGCUCUGCCAGCGCAGACGCCCUUGUGGCGGAAGAGCAUGAAAACGAGUCGCACACCCAGCAACAAGCUCAAGACUCCCUGACCGGACGCGACCGGCCUCUGUUGAAAAGACGGCCCUCGCUAUAUGAAGACUUCAAGAAGAAUGUUUAUCAACGAUUGCACAUGUUCAGUAAAUAA